AUGCCUCUAGUGGAAUCAGAAAAAUAUCAUUAUUAUCAACUAUUUCCUGUACCCAUCCUUGGAAAUAAUUCCGAAUUUUAUUUUCACCUCCCGUAUAAACCAUUCCUAGCACUUACUGACAAAGCUCAUUUAUAUAUGGACCAAGCCUGUAUUCAUAUUCAGUCUAAGGAGUACAUAUGCAGAGAAACUCAUAAAUCCUCUACCUCAGAGGACUCACCAUGUGCCGUCCAGCUACUUACUUACAAAUCAAAGGUCACCACGUGUCAACCAGUUCAUAUUCUCCUACAUACUAUCCAAUCAAUCAAAAUCACCGAUGGAAAAUGGCUAAUAACUGCACCUAAUAAAGAAAUUGCCAUAAUUCACUGCCAGGACUCAAAGGACAACGUACCAAUCCAUGGAACCCUACUACUGGAAUCAACUCCUGAUUGUACAGUUCAUAUAAAAUCAUUUACAUUUGUGACAACAAAAAUCAAUCAACUAAAUUUUAUUGACGUUCACCUUCCAGUAAUGAAUUUGGCUGUAAAUUUCAAAAAUUCUCAAAUUCAAGAAAUUGAUCCACCCUCACUGGAUCUUAGAACAAUUAGUUUAAAGGAAACCCAAGAAAUACAAACUAAACUCGAAAUUCAAAAAGAAAAUUUAAAAACCAUCAACACUCCAAUUUAUUUUAACAGGACCAGUAUAUGGACAAUUCUUUUAUACAUUUCAAUUGGUUCUAUAAUAGGAUUUUGGAUUUUAAGAAAAGUUUGCAUCAUUAAUCGUCAAAGAAGAAUCCAACCACCAAACGAAGUAGAAAUUAUCGUCUGA